AUGGCGAUUUUUUACUGCGUGGUGGCCAACCAACACUGUCCUCUGGCCGAGCACAGCAACGGUGGCGACAAGAGCAUGAACGAGUUUGCACAGAAGUUGCUGAAGAAGCUUAAUUUGGCCGAGGACGCAGUGGAGGCCAUGGACUUUGAUGGCAAGACGUACAGCUACCGUGUGGACAACGAAGUGGCCUACGUCUGUGUCACUAACGCUGCGUUCGGCAAAAGUUCGGCGGCUCUGUUUCUUAAGCACAUUAACCAGCUUUUCGACAACCAGUUUGGCAUACGAGGCAAGGCCACGAAGCUCAAAUUGGACAUGAAUCGGGACUUUGCGCCGACGCUGAAGAAGCAAAUGGAAACAUUCUCGUCAGAUAAAGGGGCGGAGAAGCUGCAAGCGCUUAAGAAGGACCUGGACAAUGUAAAAUUCAACGUUCAGGACAAUAUCAAUAAAGUGCUGGAACGAGGCGAUAAAAUUGAGUUGCUUGUGGACAGAACGGACCAGCUGAACUCCCAAUCUGCAGCAUUUGCCAAGUCGAGCUCGAACCUCCACCGCCACUUAUGGUGGGAAAACGUGAAGAUGAACAUUGCCAUCGGAGCAUUAAUUCUGCUUUUCCUUCUGCUCAUAUUCUUGUUCAUCAGAGGCAAAGUAUCUGGGAGUAGUGACAAUUAGGUUGAUAAAAAAAAUAGACGUGAUCAAGGAGCAA